AUGGACGGAUGCAAGGCGCCGCUGCAGGACGGCGUUCUCCCGAUAGCCAACGGCUUAAAUUUCAGGCGCUGUCACUCGACCCAGGCAUUCGGAUCCCGAAGUUGCAGAAGGAGAUGGCGAUCGAGGGUGGCGACGAACGCAUCAAGAAGAUCUCGACCUCGAUCCGUGUAAUCCCGAAUUUCCCCAAGCCAGGGAUCAAGUUUCAAGAUAUAACAACUUUGCUGCUCGACCCUCAGGCAUUCAAGGAUACCAUUGAUUUGUUUGUUGAGAGAUAUAAGAAUCAGAAUAUUUCAGUCGUGGCAGGAGUAGAAGCAAGAGGCUUCAUUUUUGGCCCUCCUAUUGCAUUGGCUAUAGGUGCCAAGUUUGUUCCUUUGAGAAAACCAAAGAAGUUGCCAGGUGAAGUUAUAUCAGAGGAGUAUACUUUGGAAUAUGGAACAGACCGAAUGGAGAUGCAUGUAGGAGCUGUUCAUGCUGGAGAACGUGCAAUUGUAAUCGAUGAUCUUAUUGCAACUGGAGGGACCCUGUGUGCAGCUAUUAAGUUACUAGAACGUGUUGGUGCUAAGGUGGUUGAAUGUGCAUGUGUUAUAGAACUGCCAGAGCUUAAGGGAAGGGAAAGGUUAGAAGGCAAGCCACUCUUCAUUCUAGUAGAAGCAUAAUAAUUUGUGGAUGCUGGAAGCAAUAAUUCGUUGUUAUGUAAGGACAAGUUCCAGGGUUUACAUCAUUCCUCUUAAGAUAUUAAUCUCCAGAGAUUGGGGAUAUGAUUUUUCCAGCUAUAUUUCAUGUAUCGGAAUCUACAACCAAUAAUCUAUCAUUUUGCAUAUCUCA